UGCUUUCAGUCUGCGUACAGCGCAGAGCUACGUACAUAUAUUAACGCAUUGUUAAACGUUCUUUACGUCUUUAUCGUGCAGGAAACGAUACUUGCCAUUUAAUGGACGAACAAGCUAGGUCUUGAAUAAGCGUUAAGCAUGUUCGCGAAUAUAGUUUGUCGAAACUAAAUGUUAGAAACAGUGUGACUAUACGAGAUACGUAAGAUGGGUAAAUUGGUGUUUUUGGUGCUGUUUGUUUAUUCAGUGGGAAUUUCACGCUACUGCGAAACUACGUCGACUCCAAAUCGGGGAUAUGUGUUUAUGGCACCGAAAAGAUUAUUAGCCGGCGAAACUGAAAGCGGCUGUUUGUCUUUACAUAAUUUGGAACUACCGGCUCAUGUUCUUCUCGAGCUAGUGCCCACUAUAGAAAAUCAAGUAUUGGCUCGUACUAGCGCCGUUGUAAAAACAGGUACAGAAACAUGCCUGCACUUAGCAGUACCGCAGACCGUCUCCAGAACCGCGAGGCUCCGAUUAAAAAUCAAAUUCGACAAGUAUCCCGAUUACGUCGUGGUAUCGGAAUCAACUGUAGAGAUCGAAGACGAUUCUUUGAUCACCUUCGUAGAAACCGAUAAACCGACCUACAAGCCCGGUCAAGACGUUAAAAUCAGAAUUCUUAUGCUUAUGCAUGAUUUAAAACCGUCGCAAAAAUCGAUUCCAGAAGUAUGGAUCGAAAGUCCAUCGUUAGUGAGGGUAGCGCAAUGGACGAACGUAAGCACGGAGAACGGGAUGGCUCAGUUGACGUUUCCUUUGUCUCCGGAACCAACCUUGGGGACGUGGAACAUAAAAGUAAUGAAAGAAAGAGAGUAUUCUAAGUUGAUUCACACUACUCGAUUUGAAGUAGAGAAAUACGUUCUGCCAAAAUUUCAAAUAACCAUCAAUUCACCACAAUAUAUUCUUGCGGAUGUGGAGAACGUGACUUGGAACAUCUGUGUCAAAUAUAGUUACGGUAAACCUGUGAAAGGUAAUCUAUUGCUGAAGUUAACUCCUCAAACACCAAGUUGGAGAAGAUUGCCCAAUCUUCCGGCAAUACGUUACGAAACGGAACUCGAUAAACCGGAUGGUUGCACCGAAUUUAUUCUUUCUGGAACGGUUCUUGGGUUGGCGCAUUGGAAAAUGGAUCCGAACAAUAUCGUUCUCAUAGCUGAAUUCACAGAAGCCGGGACUGGCGUAGUAGAAACUACGAUUAGUAGAACCGUGGUGAUGCACGAAGCACUGAAAUUAGAAUACGAGAAUUAUACACCUAAAUACUUCAAGUUCGGUUUACCUUAUCAUGGAAAAUUGCGAGUUUUGCGACACGACGACACGCCUGCUCCGAAUGAAAAAAUUCAAGUUUGCCUAAAAGUACGUGGAAAAAUCGAAUGGGACAAAGAUGUUGUAGAAUGUCGUGAUUUUAUGUCAUCCCCUGAUGGUUUCGUCGAUUUUGUCGUACCACCGCAACAUAAAAAUAUCGUUUUGUUAAGCUUUGUCGCCACCGCCGUUGAUUAUCCGACAACCUAUUAUCCGCCAGACCAACGUUGGAAAGUUUUCAUGAAUCAACCAUCAGCAUCUACCACCGUAAAUCCUUGGUAUUCUCCGUCCGAUAGUUACUUAACGGUAGCUCGGGGAAAUCAACCGAUUACCUGUGGCGAGAAGUAUUCCUUUAACGUUAUGUAUACGACACCUCCUAACAUGAGUGAAUCCAUUUCUUUCCAUUAUUCGAUCAAUUCCAAGGGAGGCAUCUUAAUAUAUGGACACGUAAAGCACAAACCUAAUCGGGAUACAGUGUUGAAUUAUUUCGAAUUUCACAAUUUAUUGGGUUCUAUUGAAUCUUUUGCUAACAAAACGGAGGAGGAAGCUAUAGUACACAGAUUCCCAUUAAGCGUUAAAGUAACGCCAAGCAUGGCUCCAGUUUCGGAAUUGUUACUUUAUUACGUACGAUCAGAUGGUGAAAUUGUCGCAACAACUUACACGAUAGAAGUUGGCCACUGUUUUGAGAACAAAGUGAAAACCGCAUGGCAUACUGAUGUUCAAACACCAGGAUCGGCCACUCAGUAUCACGUCGAAGCUGCUCCUGGAUCGCUUUGCGGAAUCUCCGCAGUAGAUAAAUCGACCCUAUUUUUGGGUAAAUCGAAAUCCAAUCUGAUCAGUGCCACUCAAACGUUCGACCAGUUGAGAAGAUUUCAUCCAACUCCGGAGCCACAUUUUCUAUCUGCAAUUCAUUGCAAAUCGAUGGCAUUAGAAGGAACGAACGAAGAGAUCAAUCAUUUUCCAGGAUUUACCGAAUUGCGAAAAAGAAGAAACACGAAAUACAACGUAAUAUACAACAAAAGGGUUAACUAUGUGGACGCUGUACAAGCUUUUGUCGACUUUGGAGUGAUUGUAAUGAGCGAUCUCGUAUUACAAACACGACCAUGCCCGUGGAUGUACAUGGAACACACAGACAUGUUUCUUGCCUCCCGUGUGUUUUCUCUCAAGUCAUUACAUUCUGGCGAGUCAUUGUUAAUCUUUCUUAUUACUAACGAAUCUAAUCUCGUGUUAAGUAUAAAAACAUUGAAAUUUUUAACUUGUCCAAUAACAGAUGCUGUUGCUGCUGCGGCCAUGGAUCCAGGAGUAGAAUAUGUUGACCAAAAUCCGGCUCAGACGGCUACACUUAGAUCAUAUUUUCCUGAAACGUGGUUGUGGGAAUUGGUACCUACUGGAAAAGAGGGCAAAGUAACAAUAGAGCGUACACUUCCGCACACCAUCACCGAUUGGGUUGGAUAUACAACAUGUAUUUCGCCGGUUCACGGUCUUGGAAUAGCCCCUCCGACCACUAUAACAGCAUUCCAAUUGUUCUUCCUGGAUUAUAGUUUACCGUACAGCAUAAAACGUGGAGAAAUAAUGCGUUUCAAAGUGUCCCUUUUCAAUUACAUGCAUCAUAGUUUACCUGUAAAAAUAAAAAUGGAAGAGGUAGAAGGAAUUGAUUUGCAUUCGUCGAAUUCUAUCGCCUCGUUCUGUGUAAAACCACGAGACAGUAUUGUCUAUCAGUACAUUUUGAAACCACGAGUACUCGGAGAAGUUAACGUAACAGUUGCCGCUUUCAUAGACACUGAUUUUCCUGAACCAUGCGGACCAGAGACUGUGGUAUUUACGCGGGACGUAAUCAUGAAACCGAUUCUAAUUCUACCCGAAGGUUUCCCCAUGGAAGAAACGAAAUCUACGUUGAUUUGCCCGAUGGAUUUCAGCGAUGAUUCCACGUUCAUGUGGGAAUUGGCAUUGCCCGAAGACGCGGUACCGGAUAGUGGGAGAGCGUAUUUAAAUUUGAUAGGAGACAUCUUAGGUCCGGCACUUGAAAAUUUAGAUAAACUUGUACAAUUACCAAAAGGUUGCGGUGAACAAAAUAUGGUACUGUUUGUUCCAAACAUUCACGUGAUUAAAUAUCUGGAUGUGAUCGGAAUCGAUAACCCUGAACUUCGUACGAAGGCGAUUAGGAAUAUGGAAAAAGGAUACCAGAGAGAGUUAACGUACAGACAUAUGAGUGGUUCUUAUUCUGCGUUUGAAAGGAGCGAAAGCUCUAUAUGGCUGACUGCAUUCGUAUUAAAAUCAUUUGCUCAGGCUGCAACCUUGAUUCAUAUCGACGAACAGGAUCUUAAGCUAUCUGUUAGCUGGAUCACAUCGCAACAAUUGGAAAAUGGUUGUUUCCCCGUAAUAGGCACUGUCUUUCACAAACAGAUGAAGGGCGGCCUUGAAGAAUACGAUGGUUCGUCAUCAGGAAUAACAGCAUACAUCCUAAUUUCUUUGCUCGAAUCUGGUGUUCCUUUGUCAUCGUCUGUUGUUAAUAAUGCCCAAAGUUGUUUGGAAAAAGGAAUAGCUAGUGGUCACAAUAAUCUACACACUACGGUUCUCACUACAUACGCGUUAGCAUUAUUGGGGGAUCCAAAGGCCAAUUCCAGCAUGAUGUCUCUGAUGAAUCUCGCUACACGCUACAAAAAUCUAGUUUGGUGGGAGGAUAAAACUAAGCCUUCGAUCGGUCUAAGCAUCGAAAUGACUGCAUAUGUCAUUCUUACCUUACUGAAAUUAGGUGACGGACAUUUGAUCGAAGCCUUGAAAGCUGUUCGCUGGAUAUCGAAGCAAAGAAACGCCGAAGGUGGAUUUACGUCCACUCAAGACACGGUCGUUGGACUGGAGGCUCUUACGAAAUAUGCUAUGACUGUACAACAUAGAAAUAUCGAUUUGUCUGUUCUUGUUACUGCUAAGGAAGUGGAUUAUGUCUACAAAUUGCAUAACGAAAAUCGUAUGAUUCUUAAACAAAUUCGUUUAUCUGUUUUACCAACUAUCGUAGAAAUCUUUGCUCAAGGCAAAGGAUGUGUUUUAGUACAGAGCAAUCUUAAAUACAAUGUUCCGCAUAGUACCGGUUCGGAUGCUUUUGAUCUUUCGGUGAGAGCCCGUUCCGUUAGUCAUGGAAACGAAUGCUCGUUACAAGAAAUUACGAUCUGUGCUCGAUAUAAGCUGGCAGAUGAGGAAAGUAACAUGGCUUUGCUAGAAAUUGGAAUGAUAAGUGGUUACGUGCCUGAUCGAGCGAGUCUUCACUUGUUAUUAAAUCCAUCUUCAAAAGUUAAACGAUUCGAGGAAGACCAAGAUACUAUGACGAUUUAUUUUGAUAAAUUAACUGGACAAAAUACUUGCAUUUCGUUUAGAAUAAUACAGGAGUAUUUUGUCGAUCACCUUAAGCCAGCAAACGUGAGGCUUUACGAUUACUAUCAGCAAGAGCUUACCGUAUCCACCAAUUACACAAUCGCUUCAAUUUGUAGCAGCGCGGAACCAGUCGAUGAACAAACAACGCCAAAUCAAUUAUCUACUAUGAAGCAAUACAAAGAAUUUAAUACCAGUCCGGUGAACUCCUCUUUCUUCGUCGUCAAUCAUGAACUAGCGAUGCCAGAUGGAAUGGAGGGACCAAUUCCAGUUUAUAUGAAACCGGAUGCCUAUGAUAAAACAGAAAUGGCUAUCACUACCAAUGAAUCACCUGAUUUAACACUGGCGUUUGAAACGGAGGACCAAACUAUGUCAACUAUACAAAUAGAAAAUGAAGAACCUGUACAGGUGGAGCCAGACUUUGAAAUAAAGAAUACUACGACAAUCAUCGAGACGAAUAUUCCGUUGCCAACGGGAGUAAACCAAUCUUGUCCCGUAUGUAUGGAGUUACCGUCAAACAUUAGCGAUGUUUAUUGUUCGGCAAGUAGCGCGGUUAAAGUAGCAAUCAGACGACUUCGCAAAGUGAGAUUGCUGCUGGACUUGCAUUCAUCCCGAGAAGUUCAACGUCUUCGUGCCACGGUCGAGUUCACUUUAAGCCCAAAUUGCUCCUGUUUACAGUUAGAUAACCCUGGAAGUUUUGCAUUAAUCAUAAACAAGGAUAACGACUUUCUUGCAUCCGGGGAUCAGAAGCAAACACUGAACGAUUCGUUUCAUAUAUAUGGUUUACCAAUGGUAAGCGGUAUGCCUUGCAAAUUGGCCGAGGCACGAGCCUCUUGUUUCAACGAAGAGAACAUUCAAUGCACGUACGAAGAUCCCUCGGUUUACGGUUAGAUUUAGUAUACCUAUCUUAAUGUGUCUAAUGCGCAAAAUGUUUAAAACCGAUUGUGUAAAUUUCGAUUACAAGGAUAUAACAUACAGAUGUUCUGUUUUCUUUUUUAACUGAACUAAUUUCGCGCAGGGUAUAUACAUGAAUCUUUGCUCUUUUCAUUUUCUAUUUUGUCUUCUUUUUUUAUCUACAAAUAUAUCAGUUACAUAAUAUGUAAGUAAUCAUAGAAUAAGCUAUAGUCCACGUGAAAACAUAAACGAACAUCAUCGUCGCAAUUAGUUAUAUAUGUAUCAGGGAAUGGAAAGUUCCUCUUUUUUUUAUAUAGAUUGUGAAUAAAGUUUUCAAUAUAGUAAA